UCUAAAAUCCUCAACCCUCCUCAACAUGUACUUACUCGCAAUCUGGUUCCUGAAAGCGCGGCGUCCUUUGGUGUGUGGCGGGAGGUCCUUUUCCGUGACGACCUCUAGUUCGUUGUGCUUGCAGCGUUUCCACAGUUUCCACUUCACUUCUUCGCGAGCGCCCGCAGCCCUGUACUUUGAUGUGGUACGUCCCGCAGCGCCUUCUCCCACCGUGGAGUAGAAUUUCUGGUAUCGCUCCACGUCCGGCUGCUCCUCGACUGGUACUACAGGGUUCGCGGCGUGUCCGCCGUCUAUCUCAAUGCCCUCGUAAUAAUCGUAGUGAUCGGAGUAUGACACAUAGUCAAAGUGUUUGGUAAAGUAGAGAGUUCCAAGCAGAUGGUUGAUAGCCGUCUUAUCGAUAUCCGGAUGGUUGGUAGGAAGGACAAAGGUGAUUUGAGCUCGAUCCUUGACCUCAUAGUGCUGACCCUUCCACUGACCGCUCGCCUCGAGACCGCGUGCAGACUUUUCGGGCGCCGCAAACGUGACUAUCAAGCCAUAGUCAUGGAGGCGAAGUAACACGUCGUUGAGCUUGUUGCUCGUGAAAGUGGGAUAUUGGGCAUAGGCUGUGACCAAGCGUUUCUUCUGGAUGAACUCACGAUUGUAGGUGAUAAGCUGCUCCCAUGAAGUCGCGUCUCGCCAGUCAUUGAUCAGCCUAUCGCAUGCCGCACAACGAGGUGGAAGGUCCGGGCUGUAGUCCUUGAGCCUAGUCAUGCACCAUUCGCAAAAGCCUUGCGGCCGGGCUGGAUGUGGUAUGGGUGGGACAAGAGGCGGGAGAGCCGCCUUGGUACCUGCCUUGGGAGGCAUCUUGCGGUGGUAAUGAUCGAUAUGAAGAUACCGUGUUGUAAUUUCUUGAGUCCAGUAAUGAUAGAGAAUUCGUGUCGUGUACAGUAGUGAGUGGGGGAGGGGGGAGUUGUUUUGAUGCCAAGCCUUGACUGGCUGCGCAGAGUUUACUUCGAGCAGGAUCCCGAUUUCUCCCAACUCGGAAUUACAUUCGAUGACAAAACAUCACAAUAUGAGCUCUUACCCCAUCCUAUAUCCCAAAACAGCGUUUUUCACACCCCGUUCGACAGUCUCGCCCCAUGAGCUUCUUCACUCCCCGCGACUCUACUUCCACGCCUCCGCGCCGACCCACCAACGUCAACAUUCACCCAUCCAGAAGAAAUAUCAUGACCCUCAGAACGCAACGCCGGUCUAGACUCACCAAUAAGACCCCUCCUCUCCCGUCGUGACCGACCACCUCCAUUGCCAGAACCUCCACCACCCACUCCAUCAACACCAGCAGCACCCCCAAGAUCCGCCAUACCCACCUGAUCGACCCCCCCUCUCCCACCAUGAUACGCCCCAUGGAGAUCAUGCACAGACUCGACUCUAUGCAACGCCGCCUGGACGCGAUAUCCCGCCGGAUCAACCCCAACCCCCGCGACUAUCUCGUCGGCAGGUAGUUCAUGCGUACCACGAACACUCCUCACACCAUCCACCACCCUAGAUAUCGCCGGAUCCGCAUCUCCAUCAUCACCAUCAUCGUCGUCAUCGAGCUGGAUGUUCGUCCUCAUAGCUUCGGCCAGAGCUCCAUCGUAGUGAACUGCUUGUCGCACCGGCAUACGAGGGAACCUGCGGAACAGCAUCUCCAUGACUUCUCCGCGGAUCGCGAAUACAUCCGCUGAGGAAAGCGCGAUUAUCGGUCUCUCAAACGUCGUCGAUAUGUUGUGGGGUUGUGGUCGCUGCUGCUGUUGUUGUCUGCAUGUGUUUUGUUGUAGCGCUGGUGCUGCUCUGGAAACCCUCUCUUCCGGGAAAAUGCUAUUUUCGUUGGUGGCGCCGAAGAUCCGCGGAUACAUUGGUUUCUCGCGAGCAGUGUCCUCAGCUUCUUUGACGACGCGCGCGGGAUCCGCGAUGGUUUCGCUAGAUCCCGUUCGCUUGGGUGUUUGGAGUGUGUUAAUAUGGCAUUUGGGGUGUUUGCGGUGGCAGUAGUAGCAUAAUAUGAUCGAAAUAACGAGGAAUAGGGUCGUGAGGGGAUGGAUGACGAAGACGAGGAAUAUAUUGUUGUCUGCCAUGUUUGCUU